AUGGCGGACGCCGCGCAGCGGCCAUGCAGCAUCUGCAUGGAGCCCAUGGCGUCCUCGGAGGCCCACCGCGGCGGUACCGCCUGCGCGCACGUCUUCUGCGGGGCGUGCCUGGCGGUCCACGUCCGCGCGAAGGUCGAGUCCGGCCGUGGCGCCGCCGUGGGGUGCCUCGACGCGGCGUGCGCCAGCAGGCUCAACCCGGAGCUGUGCCGCGCCGCGCUCCCGCGCGACGUGUUCGAGCGGUGGUGCGCCGCGCUCUGCGAGUCCAUGUUCGCCGGCGCGCGGCGGACCUACUGCCCGUUCCCGGACUGCUCGGAGAUGAUGGUGGCCGACGACGGCGACGGCGACACCGUGACGCAGUCCGAGUGCCAGGUGUGCAGGCGGCUGUUCUGCGCCCAGUGCCGCGUGCCGUGGCACGCCGGCGCCGACUGCGCCGCGUACAGGCGCCGGGACACGGCCAGGGAGGACGCGAUGCUGCUGGAGAUGGCCGCGGGGAGGAGGUGGAGGCGGUGCUCCAAGUGCCAGUUCUUCGUGGAGAAGACCGACGGCUGCCAGCACAUCACAUGCAGGUGUGGCUACCAGUUCUGCUACGGGUGUGGCUCCGAAUGGCGUACGUCUUGUUCCGGGUGCACCAAUUAGGGGGUGUAUAUCAUGAGAUUAUAUCGGUGGAAGGAUGAUGAUCAUGUUGUCGUCGGAAUAUUUAGUUAGUACUUUCUCUAUCCCAAAAUAACUGUUUUAACUUUGGUCUAGUUAAAAUUGUACUAAACGUAUGAUACUUAUUUUGGGACGGAGGGAGUACUAGCCAGUUUAUGGAUUUGGUUGGGGAUGAUAACACCAAGCUAGCAAGAGGUGGUAUCGUUUGGCCAUGAUCAAGGAAAUGAAAUGAUUCAUGUUUUAGCCAGUUUAUGUAGUUGUUGCUAUGUAUGGCGCACAAUGAUUGAUUGUUGAAUGCGUUACA